AUGCUGGUGCUGGAGCACGCGGGCCAGCCCCUGGAGUCAAUUCUGCCGGAAAGCUUGGAUCUACCAGCGCGAUGCGGCAUCAUCAAUCAGCUACUUCAUGCUGUGAAGCUCCUGCGCCUCAAUGGAAUAAUCCAUGCAGACAUCUCUGCUGGCAACUGCUGUAUGGAUGCAGACGGUCGCGCUCGGCUGGAUUUUGGCAACUCCGUGCUGGUGAGCACAGCGCAGCGGGCCGCGGCCUGUCAACCCCUGGAGCGAUUCCGGGCGCGCUACGUCCACCAUCGACGCUUCCCAUGCUGUGCACGCUAUUCGUAUCCGCUGUCGAUUCGGCGUCUGGUCGAGGAGAUCGAGCGGCCGAACACCAUUGAUGUUUAUGGCUGCUGCUAUGAUGUGGAGGCUUUUCCCGGCAACCUGGCAGCCACGCCGCCGGAGGUCCUCCGAGGUCUCAUGGUGCCCGGAGCCAGCGACGUUUAUGGCCUUGGCAUACUCUUGUGGUGGCUGCUAACGGGCCAGGACAUGCACCCAAGUUUGGGGUUUGAUGCUUUUCCAUGGCUGCGCUAUCGUGGGUUCUGUGGUCUGCUGCUGACCUCCUUUGACUGUGACGUGGCCCGCAUGCGUGGGGGUUACUACGUGGACGGCUUCAGCGAGCCGAUGCAAUUCGUCCCGGAAAACCUGCGACUGGAGCGAUCACUCCACAGGGCCCAGGAGGUGAUGUCACAGGCCUUGGCAAACUUCGAGCGUGAGGAGGCUGGGAAAUUCAACAAGAUCUACGCGUUCCUUGAAGAGUUGUCGACACGACAGCUGAAGCUCGAGCAAGCCGUGGCAAACCUUGAGUCGGAUAUCCGGGAACAAGCUCAAAAGGUGGUGCACACUCCUGAUGCAAGCAGCGCCAUGCAGAUGGUGAUGUACGAUCCGUCGACCAACGUGAUGACUCCUGUCAUGGCCCCAUAUGCGGACAGUCAGAUGUCGAUGAUGCCCAUGGUGUGCAUGGUGCAGUCUAUGCCCGAGGGGCAGUAUGUGCAGGAGACCUCGUUCCAGCAACUGCAUUAUCAGGAAUCGGGUGCCCAGGAAACGGCUCCACAGGACAAUGCUCAGGUUGAGCACACGGGGCCUCAGGAAACGACUUCCCAGGAAACGGCUCUGAAGGAAGCGCCACUCGCGGAAGUGGCGGCGGAGUAG